CCACGCGCUCGGCCGGGACACACAUCAAUGGGGCCGCGCCUCCUGCAGCACUACCGCUGCCGCUCCGCCUCCUACGCGCGCUCGCCGGACGCCGACGCCCUCCACCACGGCAGCCCCGGUCCCGGCCACGUGCCCGCCGCCGACGCCCUCGACUGCCCCUUCGGCCUCCUCGAUGGCCUCUCCCGCGCCGACGUCCGCGAGGCCGCCUACGAGGUCUUCUUCAUGUCCUGCCGCGCCGGCAGCGGCAGCGGCAGCGCCAAGGGCCUUGGCGCGGCGGCGUGGGACAGCGGCGGAGGCGGGGACGCGUCGCCCACCUUCGGCGCGGGGCCCAGGGGCGGCACCGGGAUGAACGUCGUCAACAGCAGGGUCAAGCGCGCGCUCGGGCUCAAAGCGCGCAGGGCCACGCAGCCGUCCACCGCCCUGCGCAGCGGCGGCGUGAACGCCUUCUCGUCCUCGUCCGCGCCCGGAUCCCCCGGCCGCGGCAUUCGGGCGCCGUCCGGCUCGCCCAGGGCCAGGCGGCCCAUGACCUCUGCCGAGAUCAUGCGGCAGCAGAUGCGCGUCACGGAGAACGGCGACGCGCGCCUCCGCAAGACGCUCAUGCGCACCCUCGUCGGACAGGUGGCAAGGAGAGCGGAGACGAUCAUCCUGCCGCUGGAGCUGCUGCGGCAGCUCAAGCAGCCCGACUUCGCCGACAGCGCCGAGCACCACCAGUGGCAGCGCCGCCAGCUCAAGCUCCUCGAGGCGGGCCUCAUCCUGCAGAGCUCCGUGCCGCUCGACCACCGCCACAGCGCCUCUGUCCUCCGGUUCCGCGAGGUCAUGGAGGCAGCCGAGGCCCGCGCCAUCGACACCGGCAAGGCUUCCGACGCCAUGCGCGCCCUCUGCGACGCCGUGCUCGCCCUGGCCUGGCGCUCCGCCCCCGCCGGCGAGGUCUGCCACUGGGCUGACGGGUACCCUCUCAACGUGAUCCUCUACGUCUCCCUCCUCCAGGGCAUCUUCGACCUCAGGGACGAGACCGUCGUGCUGGACGAGGUGGACGAGCUCCUGGAGCUCAUGAAGAGGACGUGGUCGACGCUCGGCAUCGACCGGAUGCUGCACAACGUUUGUUUCGCCUGGGUGAUCUUCCAGCAGUACGUGGCCACCGGGCAGGUCGAGCCGGACCUCGCCGGGGCGACCCUCGCGGUGCUCACGGAGGUGGCCACCGACGCCGGCGCCAGGCAGGAGAACCCCCGUGACCCUGUGUACGCGCGGGUGCUCUCCACCGCUCUUGGCGCGAUUCGUGACUGGACUGAGAAGCGCCUGCUUGACUACCACGAGUGGUACGGGAAUGGCGACACCGGCACCGCCGCGCUGGACUGCGCUCUAUCUUUGGCGCUCGCCGCCGGCAAGAUCAUCGCCGAAAGUGUGCACGCGGAUCACGAACGCGGCGGCGAUCGCGUCGAUUACUACAUCCGUUGCUCGAUGAGAAGCGCCUUCACCAAGGUCCUCGAGAGCGGGCUCGGGCAGGAGGACAUCAAGGUAUCCGGCCGCCAGCGCGACGUCGACGACAGCAGCGACAUCCUGACGCGGCUGUCCAGGGACACGGAGGAGCUGGCGCAGUGGGAGCGCGAGGGCUUCAGCGUCACGCUCAGACGGUGGCACCCGUUCCCGGCCGCGGUGGCCGCGGUGACCCUGCACGGCUGCUACGGGGUGGUGCUGAAGCAGUACCUGGGGAAGGCCGUCUGCCUGACCGACGAGCUGGUGCGCGUGCUGCACGCGGCUGGCAGGCUCGAGAAGGCCCUGGUGCGUAUGGUGAUGGAGGACGUGGACGACGACGGCGGGUCGGUGAUGCGGGAGUUGGUGCCCUACGACAUCGAGUCCGUCAUCGUCGGCUUCCUCCGGAAGUGGGUCGAGGAGCGGCUUAGGGUCGCCCAGGAAUGUCUCAUCAGAGCCAAAGACACCGAGAGCUGGAUCGCGAGGUCCAAGAAUGAGCCGUACGCGCAGUCGGCGGUGGAUCUGAUGAAGCUGGCCAAGGCCACCAUGGACGAGUUCGUCGCGAUCCCGGUGAGCGCGAGGGACGGCAUGCUGCAGGACCUCGCCGACGGCUUCGGCGCCGUCUUCCACGACUACGUCUCUUUCCUCGCCUCCUGCGGCAACAAGCAGAGCUACCUCCCGCCGCUGCCGGCGCUGACGAGGUGCAACCAGGACUCGACGAUCAAGCGGCUGUGGAAGAGGGCGGCGGUGGCGCCGUGCCGGGUUCCCCAGACGAGCGGUAGCGGCAAUGGGUACCACGUCAGCGCAGCCGGCGGGCACAACCCGCGGCCGUCCACCAGCCGCGGCACGCAGCGCCUCUACGUCCGGCUCAACACGCUCCACUACAUCCUCAGCCACAUCCAGGCGCUCGACAAGUCGCUCUCCUUCUUCUCCGCAGGCGGCGGGGCGUGCACCUCGCCGUCGGCCGCCACGAGCCGGAUCCUCGCCGCGCCGUGCAGCCACUUCGACCACGCCCGCGCCGCGGCCCAGUCGGCCGUCGCCCACGUCGCCGAGGUGGCCGCGUACCGGCUCAUCUUCUUCGACUCGCACCAGUCGUUCUACGACGGGCUGUACGCCGGCGGCGUGGGCGACGCGCGCAUCCGGCCGGCGCUCCGCACGCUGAAGCAGAACCUGUCGCUGCUCGUGUCGGUCCUGGUGGACCGCGCGCAGCCGGUGGCGGUGCGGGAGGUGAUGAAGGCCUCGUUCCAGGCCUUCCUGACGGUGCUGCUCGCCGGCGGCAACCACCGGAGCUUCACGAGGGAGGACCACGGCAUGGUGGAGGAGGACCUGCGCAGCCUGAAGCGGGCCUUCUGCACGCGCGGGGAGGGCCUGGUGGCGGAGGAGGUGGUGGAGAGCGAGGCGGAGGCGGCCGAGGGCGUGGUCGCGCUCAUGGGGCGCACGGCGGAGCGGCUGGUGGAGGAGCUAGGCAUCGCGACGACGAUGAGUUGUGGCGGGUCGCCCCGGGCCGCUCUGCCGAUGCCGCUGACGACGAGGCGGUGGUGCCGGACGGACCCGGACACGAUCCUCCGCGUGCUCUGCCACCGCGACGACGAGGUGGCCAGCAACUUCCUGAAGCGCGCGUUCCAGCUCCCCAAGAGGCGGUGACAUGCGCUACCAUUUUGCAGCCAGUUUCAGACUCUAAUCUAAUUUGUAAAUUAAAUUAAUCGACAAGGGGGAGUUUGGAUAAGUGGAUUAUGUGUGUGUUGGAAAAUAAUA